GUCUCAUUUGCGCACCUGUACAAUGGUUCACAAGAACAUCUGGAAUUCUCGAAAAGGCGAAGUCAAGUAUGGAAAAGGGCAGCGCAAAUGCCGGCUGACAGGAGAGAAGGGCAACGGCCUUAUCCGCAAAUAUGGUCUGAACAUGUCACGUCAAACUUUCAAGGAGAAAGCUGAGGAGAUGGGUUGGAAAAAGUAUCGAUAAGCAACUGGAAUUGAUGAAGACCCUUGAUUGCGAUUGUUCAUAUCGCAUUGCGCAUUUAGAUCCCACUAGAGAGUGCUAGAGCGCUAGAUUGGCAAGCUAGGGUUGCACAGAAUAAUGGCAAAUGUCAUUCAUGUCGCAUGUAGUACAUAAGAAUGAAACAAACGAGGCACACCAGGACGUAGAUGGAUUGAAGUGAACACAGAUGAGAACGUGCUCG